AUGAACGCGAGAGAACAUCGAAUUAUGAAGCGAAAAUGGCAACAGGCAAAUAAAAAAAGAAGAGAGAAGAAACAGAUGCUUGAAAAUGUACUGUUGGACACGCCGGCUCUGUCGCCGAUACCGGAAAACCCACAAAUAAGACCCCAUUCUGCGACACCCACUCUAUCGGAAGCGUCUAGUGCAAGGGGAAGAAAGAAAGUGAAAAGAGAUAGAUCAAAGAUGUACAGAGAUAAUAUUAAAUUACAAGAAAAAAUAGAACAGCUGGAGAAAAGAAUCCGUAAAUAUAAAAAAAGAUUACAACGAAAAUCAAAAAGAGACGGCAAAGUGGAACAUAAUAGCAACGAUGAAAAUAAAUAUAAAGUCCUUUCUAAUGCCAUCAAAGAACGCUAUAAAACUGUCAAAAAUCGUAAAGAAAAACGCCUCAUACAUUCUAUUCUUCAAACUCCCAUUACAAAAAAAAUCCAGAAUGCAAACGCAGUUGGUAAGAGAUGCUUUGGGCGUAGAUCGCCCUCUAAAAUACAAGUCCGUUCUACCAAAACAGACUAA